UCCAGUUCCUCGUGGGGUGUAUGUAUAAAGGACUUGGAAUCUACUAGAAAGAAGACAAAUCACGCAUAAUACAUACUUUUUAUUUAGACUAAUUUGGAGCUAUUGUAGGUUAUUUUUUAGGUUAUUAUUGUGAUUUGCACAAAUAAAUCUCCGGACUGAUUAUGCAUUGUGUCAAAACGCUACGAGCGUCCAGCGCUGGAAUUUUGCUCAUUAGAAAUGCUGUAAAAUGGGAGAGAGUUGCGGGAUGUUGCGGAAGAACACAGACAUCUGUGCGGCUGCUGCACACGAGCGCGUCACCUGGUCAGCAUCCGCGCCAUCAGCACCUGGCAACAGAUACGGACUCAGCGACGUACAGAACUAAGAGGGUGGUUGCUGGGUUGGAGGACCUGUUGUUCUACACCAUCACCCAGGGAGAAGAGAAAAUCUCUGUGGCACGUUUUCUAGCUGCCCUCAGAAGCACCGGGCUGCUCACAUCGGACCCCCGUUUGAGAGACUGCAUGCGACAGAUUCACCAUGCAGUCCUAGAUUUUGUUGGAAACGCAAUGAUGGACCAGGAACUGUUCAGAAAAUGUGUUGGCAGUAAUAUUGUCCUGCUGACUCAAGCCUUCCAAAGGAAGUUCAUCAUUCCAGAUUUCGAGGCCUUUUCAUCCCUCAUCAACCACCUGUAUCAUAACGCACAAGCUCAGGAAGGAGGAAAAGUAGCCAACUACAUCCCUCAGCUGGCAAAGUUCAGCCCUGAUCUCUGGGGAGUUUCUCUGUGUACAGUAGAUGGUCAGAGACAUUCUAUAGGUGACACAAAUAUGCCGUUCUGUCUUCAGUCCUGUGUGAAACCUCUGGAGUACGCACUGGCUGUGCAUGAGUCCGGCACUGAACAAGUGCACAGAUACGUUGGAAAAGAACCUAGCGGCCUUAAAUUCAACAAACUCUUUUUAGAUGAAGAGGACAAACCCCAUAAUCCCAUGGUGAAUGCGGGGGCCAUUGUAAUUAGUUCUCUGAUAAACCCUGGGUCCAACAAGGCAGAGAAGUUUGACUUUAUGAUGGAUUAUCUGAAUAGAAUGUCUGGCAGAGAAUAUGUUGGGUUCAGUAAUGCCACUUUCCAGUCAGAGAAAGAAACCGGUGAUAGGAACUAUGCAAUCGGCUAUUAUCUCAAAGAGAAAAAAUGUUUCCCCAGAGGAGUUGACAUGAUGGCAGCCCUCGAUUUCUACUUUCAGCUAUGUUCUAUCGAGGUUACAUGUGAAUCCGGCAGCGUCAUGGCAGCUACAUUAGCUAAUGGAGGGAUUUGUCCAAUCACAGGCGAGCGUGUACUCAGUGCAGAGGCGGUACGAAACACACUCAGUCUCAUGCACUCCUGCGGCAUGUAUGACUUCUCCGGCCAGUUUGCCUUUCAUGUGGGCUUGCCUGCCAAAUCUGGGGUGUCUGGUGCCAUGCUACUUGUGGUUCCUAAUAUCAUGGGGGUGAUGUGCUGGUCUCCUCCCAUUGACCGCGUCGGCAACAGUAUCCGAGGAAUUCACUUCUGUCAAGAGUUAGUUUCCCUCUUUAACUUCCACAACUAUGACAAUCUGAGACACUUUACCAAGAAGCUAGACCCUCGCAGACAGACAGGCCACGAUAGGAACAAGUCAGUGGUGGAUCUGAUGUUUGCUGCUUACAGUGGAGAUGUUUCGGCUCUCAGAAGAAUCGCUCUGUCUGCGGUCAAUUUGGAACUGACUGACUAUGACUCCCGCACUGCCCUACAUGUGGCUUCAGCAGAAGGACACUUGGAUGCUGUCAGGUUUUUAACAGACGCCUGCAAAGUCAACCCAAAUGCAAAGGACAGAUGGGGGAACACACCAUUCGAUGAUGCUAUGCAGUUCGGGCACGAUGCCGUGGUCAAGGCACUGCAGGAGUACCAGAGCAUUUAUACGCACACACUAAUACCUGAAGAGCUCAGUACAGACACGUGCCCUGAUUCCACAAUGGAUGCCGAAGAACUGAAAAGCAUGGAAACUCUGGAAGGUUUGAUGUGAAUGAGCAUUACCGUGGGAGAAUCCUACACCAUUGCUCAUGACUUCAGACUGUAAUGAAGCAUGUUGUUGUGAGAUGCCAAUCAGGGGCCCUGAACAUUUAUGACAGCCUGUAGAGGAACAUACUGUCCAGACAUGCAUCCAAUAAUGUAGUAC